AUGGAGUGGAAUGAAGAAAAUACACAAAACCUACUUGAAAUGUAUCAUGAGCGCCCCGUUCUGUGGAACAGCCGAUUGGCAGAUUAUAAAGACCGGAAACGUCGCGAUGCAUUGUUGGAAAUAAGCGUAUCUUUUGGAGUGGAGAAAGAGGAAAUCGAAAAAAAGAUUAGAUAUCUCUUAAGUCACUUUGCACGGGAAGUAAAAAAAGAGAAAGAUUCAGAAAAAAGUGGUAAUGGAACCGUAGAAACUUACAAAAGUAAAUGGUUUGCGUAUAAGUUAAUGGAAUUUCUGAAGGAUAAGAAUAAACCUAUUGUAACGCAAGAUUCAGAGGGUAAACGAAAACGAAAGGAAGAAGAUUCACAAGAAGUAGAAACAGACGAUGGAGAAGAGUCGCUACAAGUAUUGGAACAGAGCAUUGAUGGUUCCGAAAAUGAGGUUGGAACAACAGCUCAAUCUCAAUCUAAAUCAAACUCAAUUAACAUUGUGAAGUCCCGUGGUCGAAAAAGUAUGGCUACUAAUUUACCAAUUGUAAACGAGGCAGUGAAUCUUAUGCGAUCUAUUACUACUAAAAGGGCUGAAAAGGAUGAAUUUUCAUUGUUUGGUGAACAAGUUGCAAUGAAGCUUCGAAAAAUUGUGUCGCCAUUUGCUAGAUUUUCCGUUCAGAAUAUAAUUAAUACUGUUCUAUUUGAAGCAGAAAUGGGCAAAUACGAUAAUCCUCAUUUCAUAAAUCAUUCUCAUCCAUCUACUCCACAAGCAUAUCCACUGCAAUCAUUCAAUGUUGCCCAUAAUUCAAUACCAUCUCCAGGACAUUACCCCAAUACAUUAAGUGGUCGGAGUUCGACAUCAACUUCUACUAUUAAUCAAGAUGAGGACAUUCACACUCUCUUAUUGACGUUGUAA